AUGCUGCAAUCUUCAUCUACAAAUAGAGGCAAGGGAGCCAGGACCAACACAACAAAGCCUUCUUUCAUCUCUCUGGCUAGCUACCAAAUGCCUGCAAUGGCCUCAAAAACCAUCUCAGUUUGUGUAGCCUUUUUCCUCAUCUUUGUGUUGCUACCUCAAAACUCUCAUUCCAAAUCUACUCAUGAUCAGCAUGACCCCUUCAAGUUCAUCCAACACUUGGAGGGAUGCCACAAGGGUCAAAAUGUGAGCGGGCUGCAAGAGCUCAAAAAAUACCUCACCAAAUUUGGCUACCUGAAUUAUGAUCAUUCAAAGCAUGCCAACGACGACGAGUUUGAUGACAUUCUAGAGUCUGCCAUCAAGUCAUACCAGAAAAGCUAUCACUUAGAAGUCACUGGAACUCUAGACACCAGCACGGGGAAACAGAUGAUGAUGCCAAGAUGUGGUGUGCCGGAUGUUGUCAAUGGCACACGAAAGGGCAGCAAGAAACACAACCAUAAGCACAAGUCUAUCCAUGGGGUUACUCAUUAUGAGUUCUUCUUCCCUGGACCGCGAAGAUGGUCCAAAACCCAUCUGACGUAUCGCUUUAGUUCAAGUGUGAACCAAGUCCCUGGCACACAGAAUGUAAGGUCUAUAUGUGCACAAGCAUUUCAGAGAUGGGCACAAGUGACCAGUUUUACAUUUGAGGAAGUCCCUGCGACUACAGCAGCUGAUAUUACCAUUGGAUUUCACAGGGGCAACCAUGGAGAUGGUUCCGCAUUCGAUGGCCCCAGAGGGACUUUCGCGCACGCUAAUCCGCCUAGAGGUGGGAAUUUCCAUUAUGAUGCAGAUGAGAGAUGGAGUAGCAAUCCAGGACCAAAUGAGGUAGACUUGGAAUCUGUCACCGUGCACGAAAUAGGCCAUCCGCUGGGGCUUAAUCACAAUCCUGACCUCCCAGACGCAAUCAUGUAUCCCUACUUCGAUCAUGGGAUUAUAAAACAGGAUCUACAUAGGGAUGACAUUGAUGGCAUACGUGCUUUGUAUGGUUUACAGUAG